AUUACCAACAAGCGUGUAAAUUGUGUUUGUUUACGAAAAUAAAAUUAAUAGAUAUCGCGCGUACGAGAUUUCUAAAAAUGUUGGAUGAUUUGAAUUAUUUGUACGAAAUGCACAACGAAGAAUUGAAUCAAGUUUUGGAGAAUGUCACAACAUACCUGCUAAAAUGUAGCAAAGUGUUUCAUAAGAUUCGUAAAAAUGAGCACGCUUUGCAGGACCGCAGUGCAAUAGCUUUGUUGGCCUACGAUAAAUUCUUUUCGACUUUGUCGAACAUGUUGGCUACGGCGCGGACAUUUAAUUUUCAUCUUUUUAUAACUGAUCUGGAGAAAACGUCUACACACAAAUUAUUCGACGCUUUGGAUCCAUAUGACAGGCGUGAGGAAGAUGUCAAUACUCCAGAGGCUCACACCGAUGAAUCAAGAAUUUUGCCCUUAGAUUCGUCAACUAAUUCCACCAUUUACUGUAAAAAUAAUGCGUAUGAAAAGUUAAAUAUACGUCAAAAAGAAACUACACCGUCCUCGAAUGAAGAAAAUUGUAGCAAUUAUAAAAAUGUGUCUAUACCACCAGCUGGAGGGAAUGUCGAUGCAGACCUAAAGGAGCAUUCAUCAAUGGCAUAUAUAAAAAAGGAUAUUUCCAAAUACAAAGUUGGCGACCUUUUAAAGGCAUCUGUGACAUAUGUACAAGAUUUAGAGUCCUUAAACUUCUAUGUGCUGUCUGUAUGUGAUGCAAAAUCCAAGGAAUUUCGGCAAAUAGUAAAUUUGAAGAGUAUGAUCCAUCUUAGGCAGUUUGCAGCUAUUCCCCCAGAAAACGAGGUAUUUGGCCUUGUUCUAGAUAACGCAAUACUACGAGCAAUACGAGAAAGUUCGUCAAAGUUAUCAUCACCCCCAGACGGGAAGUGUAAUGCUUUCCUUUUGGACUUUGGCGAGAUAUCCGAAAUAUCUGCGUCUAAUGUUACAUAUCGAUUGCCUGAAGAAAUAAAAAAUAUUCCUGCCCAAGCAAUACCUUGUCAAUUAAACGGUAUUCAUGGGCAAACAAAUUUGCCUCUCGAAGAAUUGAAGACGUGUUUAUUGGAUUUGGUGUAUGAAACAACGACAUUCUUAGUAAAAUCAAAACAGGAAAAUGAUUCUAAACUUGUUCUGGAACUUUAUAAGGAUAAAAUAGAAAAAUCUGACGAUUUAUCCGCACCACCGAAGAAGUCAACAGAUAGUGAUUUAGUGACUCUUAAUAAUGAAAUGAAAUUAACUAAAAAAGCGAUUAACACAAAUCCAUUCCUAACCGAUACGGAAACCAGCAUUGAUGACAAUGAUGAAGCUAUACCCUUACGGGCAUUACCCGACAAUACUCUAUUAACAGGAGAAAGCGAAAGACUCUUCAAUGGUCUGACCGCCGAAGAGAUGGAUAUGUUGACAGAAGAACCACUCAGUACAUCAAACGCAAUGACUGCAGUGUUGGGCUACAAUCCCAAGGAUGAACAACGGAUUUGCCGGUUUUUUAAUCCAAAAACUGGUGCUUGCUUUAAGGGUGCCAAUUGUCGGCAAGAACAUACUCCACUACAAGCAGAUGGAUGGAGUAAAGAUCGCGUGCCAGCUGGAACUAUAAUUGACAACUUCUCGCCGACGACACGCUACCCUUCCGGACUGAUCAUAAAUAUUACAGUAACACACAUUGGACAAAUCGAGUAUUUCUACGGUCAAAUAAAUGAUCCAGACAAUUACAAGGAACCACUAAUAUGGACUGAUGAUGAGAUUCCACUAUGUAUGCAUUUAACUAAACCACCAAUGAUGUAUGACCUCGUCCGUGCGCGUUACGAAGAUGACCUAUGGUACCGCGCAAAAGUUGUUGAUUUUGACGAUUCUGGUAAAGUCUUCAAAGUAUUUUAUGUCGAUUAUGGCAAUCAUCAAAAUGUCUUACUUGAACACUUGGCGUACUGUGAUCGUUCCACGGAGCGACUCCCAUUUCAGGCAGUCCUAUGCCGAGUAGCAGAUAUUAUGCAAAAUCCUGAUGCAUCGGAUGAACUGCGAGACAGCGGUGUUCGUACUUUAAAUGCUCUCUUACUCAACCAUUCUCUUGACGUGAAAGUGGUAAGCCAUCAGGAGGAUUUGAUUGUACGCUUCAUAGGUACGCAAUAUAAUUCAAUUAAAAAAAGACUAAUUUCGUUGGGCUGCGCAAAACAAUUCCAUUCAAACGCAUCUAAUGGUACAACGUAAAGUAUUACGAUUAUUACCACAAAGUGUUCUUAAUAAAUAACGGGUAUAUUAAUAAGUAAUGAUACCAAUAAUUUAAAUGU